AUGUCGACCAACACAACACCAUCCAGCCCUAUCGUCUUCUACGAUAUUGCCACGCGGCCGCCCGUGGAGGAGAGCUGCUGCUCCCCCAACCCGUGGAAAACCCGGCUGGCGCUCAACUUCAAAGGGCUCCCCUACUCGACCACGUGGGUGGCCCUGCCCGACAUCGGCAAGGUCCGCAGCGGGCUCAGGGUGCCGCCCUGCCGCAAGUUCGCCGACGGCACCGACUUCUUCACGCUGCCCAUCAUCGAGGACCCGGCCACGAACUCGUUCGUCGGCGACUCCUUCGACAUCGCCGUCCACCUGCAGAAGACGUACCCGGACGCCGGCGCGGGCGACCUGUUCCCGCCGCAGACGCUCGACUACGUCUUCACGCCCGACGCCGAAAUCAUGGUGCCGCUGUCGGACUGCCGCGGGGCCGAGUUCCCCGAGUACGCGCGGUUCAACGUCAACGUCGACGCGGCCUUCACCACGCACGCGCAGCUCACGACGCAGGGGUUCCCGUUCGACCCGGCCAACGCCGACGCCGUCAAGGCCGAGUUCGUGCGGCGCGCGGGCGUCGCGGCGAUCUCGCGGUGGGAGGACUUCGACAUCGCCGGCGAGGCGCGGGCGAAGCUGAUGGGCUCGUUCCGGGACACGCUGGGGGCGCUGGGGAAGCUGUUCGAGCGGGACGCCACCGGGCCGUUCUUGCUCGGGGCCAGGGCGAGCUACGCCGACCUGAUCGUGGGCGGGUGGCUGCGGAUGUUCCGGGUGACCCUGCCGAAGAGCGAGUGGGAGGAGGUGAGAGGCUGGCACGGGGGCAUUUUCGGGCGGCUGUACGAUGCGACGGAGGCGUACGCGGAGGUGAAAUAG